AUGGGCGCGAUCAAGAGAAGUCAGGACCCUGAAGAAGAUCCCGAUGAGAACUCCAAACCUAAAAGGCGCCCCACUUCCGCGAUCAUGGGUAUCUCUCGAUCGAUCGCCGCAUGCAAGCGCUGCCGGUUCCGCAAAGUCAAGUGCGAUCAAAAAUUCCCCAGUUGCUCCAAGUGUGUGGCCGCUGAUGAGCCCUGCGUGUCUGUCGAUCCGGCUACUGGCCGUGACGUUCCGCGCUCCUACGUGAUCUUUCUCGAGGACCGUCUCGAGGCAAUGAUGAAGAAACUGCAGUCGUGCGGCAUCGAUCCUUCAGAAGUACAGGGCAAUAUCCCGGCCACCAGUGACGACCGCCCUUGCAACGUCAGCAUAUUCGAAGAGAAAAUGCGGCUCGAGCAUGAGAUCCCCACCGAAAACGUCAUGGCUGGCUACAUCAUCAACAAUGGCACCUCCAUGCAAAAGGGCGUCUCCGUUGACGACCGCACCGCAGAGAAAACUUUCUCCACCGCUCACUCCGAGGCUGGCUCUGAUCAUGGCACCCCAAUUUUAUCUGAAUUGGGCGAGUCCAGUCGAAGUUUAACCAGCUUAGGUGCCAUGAAACAUAGCAAAGCUAGCAAGUCCUCCAUGGGCAACGCUUCUAACUCCUACUUGGGUGAUUCCUCUGGUAUUCCAUUUGCCAAACUGAUGUUCACAGCGGUCAAUUUCAAGCCCGAUGCCGUUGACGAAUCCAAUGACGAACCCGUUUCGGCCUCCCCGCCAGCUGUCGAUGAGCCAUUGAACCCCUUGUACUUACCCACCAAGCGAGAAGCCCAGGAAUUGAUCUCUCGGUAUUUUGCGUAUUGUAACUCUCAAUUGCCUAUCCUUCAUCGUGAGUAUUUUUUGAAAAAGUAUUUCGAACCGAUUUACGGCCAACUCGAUGAAGGCGUAUCCCUCGCAUCUGAUCACACUCUCAUAAAUAAGGAUUUUAAACUGGUACAACAACCUCAGGCUGACGACUCACCCACAGAAGACAACGCGGAACCCUGGUAUGAACCAUCACUCUCCGAUUCAGCAGUUCACGACAAAAAAGUACCUGUGAAAUUCUAUCUGCCACUUUUCUUCUUAAAUAUGGUAUUUGCAGUUGGUGAUUCGGCGCAGGUACUGGAAUCGUCUGAAAAACGCUCAGCAGCUUUUAAAAACCGUGCUAGUCAUUUCAUAGAGGCGCUCUUUUGCUCUAAUGAUCGUCUAGAAGCUCUGGCGGGCACACUUCUAAUUGCAGAAUAUUCUAUUAUGAGACCCAACGUCCCUGGUGUUUGGUACACCAUGGGUUCAGCCCUAAGACUUGCUGUGGAUCUGGGCUUGCAUGCUGAAAAAUUAAACAAAAACUAUGAACCAUUCACAAGAGAUCUUCGACGUCGUCUAUUCUGGAGUACUUAUUCCCUGGAUCGACAAAUAUGUGCGUUUUUUGGCCGUCCAUUUGGUAUACCGGAUGAAAACGUGACAGCGGAAUUUCCAAGCUCUUUAGAUGACGCUUUGAUUACUACAGCAGCAGAUAAUAUUGAAGACUAUUCAUUUGUCAAGAGUUCUGUGGCAUCUUAUAAAUCCAUUUCCUUGGCUUUCUUCAAAAUACGAAAAAUACAAGCUCAAAUCGUUCAAGUAUUAUACGCGCCUCAUGGUACAUACCCUCAAGAGUUCACCGAUUUGGAACAAUGGCGUUCUGUUAUGAAUCAUGAGAUUAACACUUGGUACAGCAAAUUGAUACCAAAAACUCACCGGAAAAUGAAUUGCAAAUUUCGCACCGAAUUUUUCCAAUUGAAUUACUGCCACACUAAGAUCAUGCUCUAUGGCUUAUGUCCAAAAUCUGUCAGCUUGAGUCCCAGAGGUUAUGAAGUUGUAUACCAGAGUACUAAGGGAAUCAUAGACGCUUACUAUAAAUUAUGCACAGAGGGAAACAUCAAUUAUACAUGGGUGGCCGUUCACAAUCUUUUCAUGGCCGGUAUGACUUUCCUUUACACAAUACAUAACGCCGCUGUUGGGAUUGUUGAAAGCAUUACUGAAUUACAGAAAAGUUGCUUCAAAUUGGUUCAUGUACUUAAAUCUCUGAUAGGUACUUGUGACGCUGCGAAGAAUUGUUCCAAGAUAUUUCAAGUACUCUCGGCCGCUGUUUUGAAAUUGCGAAUGGAAAAUGAAGAUAGUAAUGGCCCUAUCGAUCCCUUAGUGACCUACAGUGAACCUCGAACUGCUGUCCACUCUGACUCGGCUAUCAGCAAUAUUCAAAUGUCCCCUGGCCAAAUAGACGCGCCUCUCGAUCCAUUAGAAAACAUAAAUACAGGCACGCUGGAUCAAUUUUUCGUCGAGCUCGAUAAACUUUCACCUUUUUCGGAUACUAGCAAGGGUCAGUUUUCACUGUCGAGCUUUAACUCUCCUGAAAGCACAUCUAGAGAAAGAAUUGUCAAUAGUGCAUCCCGAAACUCCAAGACUUCUGACUUACCCUCUAAUGGACCGCGCACCAAUGAUGAAACAGCAAGCGCGGCUGAUAAAUUUACGCACCAAAAGAGACUACAACACAUGAACAAAAAGCGUUCCAAGGAUAGUCAAAGGGUGUACGACUUGAUUCAUCAAGUAAGCACUGAAACUAUAUGGGAUCAAUUCUUCAGUAACCGAGGAGGAGGCUCAAAUGGAUUCAACAAUCCUGGAAAUCCUGGCGAUUUUGUUUGA